AUGGUAAACAAAUUCUUGGCAAGAUUUUACCCUCCUCAAAGAGUCAACAGAUUGAGGACUGAUGUACAAACAUUUAGCCAACAAGAUGGUAAAAUCCUCUAUGAAGCAUGGGAAAGAUACAAGGAUCUAACAAGGAGGUGCCCACCUGACAUGUUUAAUCAGUGGGUACAGCUACACAUCUUCUAUGAAGGCCUGUCAUAUGAGUCAAAGAAGGCCUUAGAUCAUUCCUCUAGAGGCUCUCUCAACAAGAAGAAGACCAUAGAGGAAGCCAUUGAUGUCAUUGAAACAAUGGCUAAUAAUGAAUAUUUCUAUGUCUCUGACAGAAGUAACAACAGAAGAGUGAUAGAGCUGAACCACAUGAAUACAAUUCUGGCCCAAAAUAAGAUGAUCACUAAGCAAUUAGCUGAUCUCACCAAACAGAUGGAGAAGAACCAACCUGCAGCUAUCCACACCCAUCCAUCAGCCCAAGCAGAGUUGAAUACAAAGGAAGAAGUGACUGGGAACAAGCCAAUUACAUUGGGAAUUCUUCAAGAUAAGCCUAUGAGCCAUACACAAAAACUUACGAUCCCGGUUGAAAGAACCACCCAAACUUUGGGUGGGGAAACCAACAAAACCAAAGCCAAGAUCAUAGACUUCACAACUCCAACCAAUUCAACAACUCCACUCACCAACAUGCCAACCAAUGACCAUAUCAAGCCACACAAAACAAUUCUUCCCAACCACCAAACCAAACCUAAAAUAACUAGCCUCAACAUCCCAUUUCCAAUCCACCAUCUGAGGAUAGGCUAUCCAGGAUUGAAAUCAUGCUUGAAAUCCUUUACAAGGAGGUUCAGGAUAAUAGAACAUUCAAGGAUGAACUUCCCAAGUGACACUGAGAAGAAUCCAAGAGGAGAAAUGAAAAAGGUGAGAUGGGAAGAAUGCAAGGCAAUUACCAUUGCAAGUGAGGAGGAUAUGGAGGAAGAAAUUAGCAGGCCAUCAGAGCAUACCCAAGGAGUUUCAAAGGAGAAGAUGGAAGAGGCAGCACAAAUGACUAGUCCUGAACAAAGGAAGGAACCAAAAGAGAAAGAAGUCUUUAAACCUUAUGUGCCACAAGCACCAUUCCCUCAGAGACUCAGGGGUGGUGAGAAGGAGAAAAUAUACACAAGAUUCCUAGAUGUAUUCAAGUCUCUUCAUGUCAACAUUCCCUUCCUUGAGACUUCAAAACGUUUAGCAAAAUGCAACCAUUAUAAACAUUAA